AACAACUUUCUUAAUUUUCCAACCCAAAGAUACAGAAAUUCCAGUUCCCUCUUAAAUAUGCUGUAAUGAUUUGAUCAUCAUUGCCACUGCAACGGUAAAAUAAUAAACACCCAAUUCUGGAUGCUGUAAUAGAUACACUAAAAAGGACAGGAAUCAAGGAGACUUGAGGUACAUAGCGGCCUGAAGAGCUUAAGACAUUUAUCUAUUGACUAAUUGAUCCCGUACGAUCUCCUAAGUCUCUCUAAACUCUACGUUUACGGAAAUCUCUUCUGAGAAUGUAAAAAUGACGUCCGGAAUACAGUCAGAGGAUCAAGAUUAUUUAGUCCUGCAGAAUUCCACAAAAAUAAAUUGUAAAUUUUCCAAAGCUUGUACCCUACUUCAUUUUCAAGCAAGAGAGCAAUUAGCUUCGACUUGAGAGUUAAAGAAUCGCUGGUCAGUGAAACCAGGUGCAGUUCUGGAAAGAAGCCAUCUUCCUACGGCAACUCCGGAUCGCCAUUUUGUUUUCUCGCUGCCUCCCCCUGACGCCACUUCCGGUGUUACCUGUGUCGUUACCGAGAGUCGUAAACAAGGUGUGCAAGUAUCUGCAGAGCUGUCGGGAUGCAGCAGAGCGGAGCGGCUGGAUGCCGUGGCUGCGCUCUCUUCUCUCUGCUGGGCGUCCUGUUCUUCCAAGGUAUUUAUAUCGUCCUUUCCUUGGAGAUUAAUGCAGAUGCCAAUGUCCGAGGUUAUGUUGGAGAAAAGAUCAAGUUGAAAUGCACCUUCAAGUCGACUUCAGAUGUCACUAACAAACUUACCAUAGACUGGACAUAUCGCCCUUCCAGCAGCAGUCGCACAGAAUCAAUUUUUCAUUACCAGUCUUUCGAGUACCCCACCACAGCAGGCACAUUUCGGGAUCGGAUUUCCUGGGUUGGAAAUGUAUACAAAGGGGAUGCAUCCAUAAGCAUACGCAACCCUACCAUAAAGGACAAUGGGACAUUCAGCUGUGCUGUGAAGAAUCCCCCAGACGUGCACCAUAAUAUUCCCCUGACAGAGCUAACAGUCACAGAAAGGGGUUAUGGCACCAUGCUGUCCUCUGUGGCCCUCCUUUCCAUACUUGUCUUCGUCCCCUCAGCAGUGGUGGUGGUUCUGCUGCUGGUGAGAAUGGGGAGGAAGGCUGCGGGGCUGAAGAAGAGGAGCAAGUCUGGUUAUAAGAAGUCGUCUAUUGAGGUUUCAGAUGACACUGACCAGGAGGCGGAAGAUGAGUGCAUGACGCGGCUUUGUGUCCGUUGUGCUGAGUGCCUGGAUUCAGACUAUGAAGAGACAUAUUGAUGAAAGUCUGCAUGAUAUAAGAAGAGUCACCUAACAACAGAAAAUAUCCCAUUCCACUGAGCUAAAGCCUCUCAGAGAAGUGGAGCUGGUCUGGACAGCAGUGAUGGAGGGUUCUGGAGGUCAUCAUAAAGACUUUAGGAACCAUUUAUUUAUUGAAAAAAAAUGUUCUUUUUGUAUUUAUAAACUGUUCAAAAAUCCUCAGAAGAGACUCAUGACUUCCCCUUUUAAUAAGUUACGCUCUAAUUGAAUGAGGAAAUUCUUUUCCUGAGCAAAAAGAUACUUUUUGGUUUGUCUUUGCUCUUGAAUGUGUCACAUGUUUUCUUCCUGUUAUUUGAAGGAGAAUCUUAAAUGUUUGCUACACUGCUGUAGCAAAUAAUUUUUUUAAUGCAGUGGAGCUUGUAACUUCCUAAUGCACUACCAGCAAAAUGUUUGUUUGGGAUUAGUAUUCUUUGUUUUUUGCUCCAUGUACAUUUUCAGCUGUGCGUUAGUGUAAAGCACUAAUGAUCUAAUCGUAAUCGUGUCUGGGUGACUUGAAGUGUAUAACAUUAAUUUCCUUAGAGUUGAUAGGGUGAGGAGUCAUUGGUUUGCUUUAACUGGGUUUUGAAAGUGUUAAAUAAAGUGUCAUCAGUUUACAAUUGAGGUAGGAAUGGUGAGGCAGAAGAAUUAUUUUCUCCUGUCUUGAUAGGUGCAAUUUGAGUUAAGUGUUUUUUUGUUAUUUUACUUUAUUGUAGCUGACUAAUGUGUGCUUUCCUUCACUUUUAGGUCAGAGGCAAAAAAAAUUCUUUAAAAGCUUUUUCGUUGGGGCUUAUGAAAUGUGUUAGCAGUUCUUUGCAAUUAAAUUAUCCUUUUACUUGCA